AUGCUGUUCCAUCGUUUCACACUCCCAUAUUUUUCUUCUGAUACCAAAAUGGAAAAUCUCUUACUAACCCUCUGUUUAUCUCUAUAUCGUUUCUUUCUUUCUUUCUUUCUUUCUUUAUUUAUUUAUUUAUUUAUUAAUUUAUUUAUUUAUUUAUUUAUUUUUCUAAUUUCUUUCUUUUUCUUUCUAUUUUCUUUCUUUCUUUCUUUCUUUUUCUUUCUAUUUAAUUUCUUUCUUUUUUUUCUAUUUUCUUUCUUAUUUCUUUCUUUCUUUCUUUCUUAUUUCUUUCUUUUUCUUUCUUAUUUCUUUCUUUCUUUUUCUUUCUUUUCCUUUCUUUCUUUUUCUUUCUAUUUUAUUUCUUUCUUAUUUCUUUCUUUCUUUUUCUUUCUUUUCCUUUUUUCUUAUUUCUUUCUUUCUUUUUCUUUCUAUUCUCUUUCUUUCUUUCUUUCUUUCUUUCUUUCUUUCUUUCUUGCUUUUCUUUUUCCACUGUUUCUCCCUAUUUCCCUUUAUACAUUUCUUCAUUUUCUUUCCUAUUUUCCUUACAUUCACUUUACAGGUGUUCUUUCUUUCCCUUCUCACUUUCUCAAUUUCUUUCUCGUAAAUUCUCAUCUUUUCCCACCUUUAGUGAGAGUUCAAUAUAUUUUUCUUCUUUGUACACCAAAUUUUUACCAUGUUCAAGAAAAUGUUGCAUGA